AUGAAGUGUGGCUCUACGCAUAUCACGCACACUGUUGGCCCGAACGCAUUUCCCACUUCUGAUCAACCAACCUUAGCCUCUUCUCGCUGGACAUCUCCAGACUGUGGUCCGCUUCCUUCACAAGGCAAUGCUUCCGCAGCUCCAGUACGGACUUAUGAACUAACACAUCCUGUAGUUAGCCCAUCGACGGCUGAUGAGAUCUUUGCCUCUCUCCAAGCUGCCUGUAUGGACGAGCAGCAGAUCAAUGCCCCUCCAGUUGUAGCUAUAUCUAUCGUACCAACCUCUCGUUCGGAAUCUGUCUCCUCGCGGCAGGGUUAUGAAAAAGUGCCAUCAGAUAGUAGGACGGCAUCUUCAGCUUCUCGAAUCCGCUUGCGUGGGGUAAAAUCACUUGGAAAGGCUUUCACGAACAGCAUCAUUCGUCCCCAGUUGUUAGGGCUUGGUGCGAAGCAUGCCAGUAAGCAUUCAACCGACUGUAAGACAGCGGGACUUCACGAGACCACUGAUCAAAUGGUCAUUCCUACAAGCUGUAUUUUGCAGGAUGUGAAUGGCAAAGAGCCUAUCCCACAUGGCUCCAAGCCAGCAGUUCAACAUCCAUCACCUGCGACGCCACUACCAUCGGAGCCUCUUCAAGCAUGCAUUAACAAUCAACAAACAGCCACGAUCCAUCCACAGCGGCAACAACAACAACAUAAUCACACAAGCCGAGAGGUGAUUGGCGGAAGCACCGGUUCCUGUCCUCUGUCGGGUGACGCAGAUCCAUUUAGUCUCGAAAUGGAUGAGCUCGAUAAGCUUCUGACCGGUAAGCAGCAAUAUUCAAUUAAUGAAUCCCAAUUAGGUUCCGUAAGCAUGCUGUUUUCAUGCUUGCUUUUCUUCCGUCGCACCUUUUGUUCUGCACACCUUUUAUAUCGCACAAUAAAAUUAUAUCAAUUUACUUCAUUUCAAUUUGGAGACUUUUAUUUUGUAUGGAAGCACAUGUUGAAGAGAUUCAUUGGUCAAUCUCAUGAGAAGACGUCGGCUGGUUUGCAUUGUAUUGCAGCCGUUUGGCGUUAA